UCCCUUAAAGGCAGGAAGAUGAAAAAAACUUACAAUGCUAAGGUUGGCUUUGGUGACAGGCAUCUUCUUCUCCAAAGACUUUAGGAGAAACAGCAUGAGGCACAGUUUGAAUAUUUUCAUCUUUUCAAAAUGGACUAAGAAAUCUUUCCCUUACGACUUUCUCCCGCCACAAAGUUCAAAUAAAGAGCGGUAAAACUCCUUCUUCCGUUUUUUUCUCUUUGGGGGCUGGGCGCGUGUUGACGGACGUUGAUUUCUACCAAUUGUACGAGACUUCCUUGCGCAAGGUCCUGCCUACCUCGUUUACGAAGGGUCAGCCAAUGAGAGCGCCGCUGUUUCAGUCAGCCGGCGACCAAAGAAAGAAGAAGAGAGGCUAUUGGCUACCGGUUGGAACUGCUGCCCAAUAGGAGCAGACCGAGCCAGCACUUCGGGCGGGCAGCUUGAGCUGCUGGCAAGUGGCUAUAGUAGCCAGUCUGGCAAGUUUUUCUAAGGGGGUUGCUGCGCCUCCGGCGACCUGGCGAGUCUGACCGUGUGCUCUGGCUUCAGUGAUGGCUCGUGAAGCGGUGGGAUAUGAUCUUCAGGUGCAAUUAGAUCAUGGUGCUGCAGAACAGCCUGCUCCUGCCGAGGUGGUGAGCAGCCAAGGGGCCCCACCCCUGCUCCGGCCUCCUCACACUGAGGAGGUCAGCAGCCAGGAGGGACCACCCGUGUUGCGUCCUGUACUUGCUGAGGUGGUCAGCAUCCAAGGAGGACCACCCCUGCUCCAACCCAUUCCUGAGGAGAUCUUCAACAGCCCAGAGAGAGUGCCGCUGCUUCCGCCUAUUCCACAGAUAUCUGUUGAUCUGACAGAGGAAGUGGAGCUCUCGGGAACAGAGACUGUGGGGAACCUCAGUCCAGGAGUUUUAGAGGAGUUUAGGCCGAGAUCUGGUGCUAACGACGCUCCCCAAGUGCCUUCAUUGGAUUCAGUGAACAGCUUCAUCAAUGGGCUGCAGAGACUUCAUGGCAUGCUGGAGUUCCUGCGACCGACUUCAGGCCGCAGUGUGGGGCCCAUGAGAGCGAGGAGGAGUAGGAGGAUUUCUGCUUCACGGAGGACAAGAACAGGAGGGUCCCAGAGGACAAACAGUGCCAGGUUGAGAGCACCGUUGGAUGCUUUCUUUCAAGCGAGCAGGACCCAGCCUCAUUCGUCAGCCACCUCUCAUGAUUCAGAGACCAGGAAUCCUGUCUCUGAUGACAUGCAGGUAUCAGGCAGUUCUGCUUCCGACAGUGACAGCUCCACAGAGUUUGAGGAGGGAGGUGCUCCGGCAGAGGAGCCUGAAGCUGUUGUUUUAGAAGAGCAACUAGAAGAUAUCUCAACAGACCAAGAAGUUACAUGUAUUGGGGCAGAAGACACUCUCCGCAAACAGUCUCCCCAGAAGUCUAACCCUUCUCUGACUCCUGCGUCUGUGGAUGAGGAAGAAGGGGACACUUGCACGAUAUGUUUGGAGCAGUGGACCAAUGCUGGGGAUCACCGGCUCUCGGCCUUGCGCUGUGGUCACCUCUUUGGGUACAACUGCAUUUUGAAGUGGCUCAGAGGACAGACCCGAAAAUGUCCCCAGUGCAACAAGAAAGCCAAGCAAAGUGAUAUCGUUGUCCUUUAUGCCCGGACCUUGAGAGCUUUGGACACUAGUGAGCAGGAGCUCAUGAAGAGUUCCUUACAGAAGGAGCAGAAGCUAAGGAAGAAGGCCGAGUUAGACUCGGCACAGUGUCGGCUACAGCUUCAAGCCCUUACUGAUGAAUGCUCCAGGCUUCAAAGUCGUGUUCAGGACUUGCAAAAACUUAUCGGUCAGGAUAAGCUCUCACAACAGCCUGGGGGUUCCCAACCACAUUUCCUAAGUGGCCUGCCCUCCAGCCAGACUCAACAGAAGUACCAUUUCCAGAAGACAUUCACAGUGUCUCAAACAGGAAACUGUCGAGUCAUGACAUACUGUGAUGCUUUGAGCUGCCUGGUGGUGUCACAACCUUCUCCUCAGGCCGCCUUCCUUCCAGGCUUUGGUGUUAAGAUGUUGAGUACUGCCAACAUGAAAAGCAGUCAGUAUAUUCCUAUGCAUGGCAAACAAAUACGUGGACUGGCUUUCAGCAGUCGAUCCAAAGGCUUACUUCUCUCUGCUUCCCUGGACAGCACAAUUAAACUGACCAGCCUGGAAACAAAUACCGUGGUCCAGACUUACAAUGCUGGGCGGCCUGUCUGGAGCUGCUGCUGGUGUCUCGAUGAAAACAAUUACGUCUAUGCUGGACUGGUCAAUGGUUCACUUCUGUUGUAUGACCUUCGAAAUACAAGCUCUCACGUCCAGGAGUUAGUACCUCAGAGAGCUAGAUGCCCGCUGGUAUCCCUGUCAUAUGUACCCAGAGCUGCCUCUGCUGCAUUUCCAUAUGGUGGAGUGUUGGCUGGAACGUUGGAGAAUGCCUCUUUUUGGGAGCUGAAAAUGGGCUUUACUCAUUGGCCUCAUGUGCUGCCCGUGGAGCCUGGGGGCUGUGUAGACUUCCAGGUAGAGAGCAGCACCUGCCACUGUCUUGUGACCUACAGGCCUGAUAAAAAUCACAACACCUUACGAAGUGUGCUCAUGGAGAUGUCCUAUAAACUGGAUAAUGCUGGAGAGCCCAUCUGUUCCUGCCAUCCUGUACAAACAUUCCUUGGGGGACCUUCCUGCAAAUUGCUAACCAAGAGUGCCAUUUUCCAAAAUCCAGAGAAUAAUGGCAGCAUCCUGGUGUGUACUGGGGAUGAAGCAUCAAAAUCGGCCCUGCUGUGGGAUGCUGCCAGUGGCUCAUUGCUUCAGGAUCUGCAGGCCGAUCAGCCUGUCUUGGACAUCUGCCCAUUUGAGGUGAAUCAUAACAGCUACUUGGCUACCUUAACAGAAAAGACAGUCCACGUCUAUAGGUGGGAGUGACCAUGGUCUUGAAACUUAUCAAUCAUGUUGCUGGUUAAUGCUACAUGUUAUUUGCUAGUACCUCACAGCCUUGAGCAAGAUCUGUGCUUAUUGUCUGUGGCCUAGAACUUGUGGGAUCGUGGUUCCAUUAGGUUAAUAUGAUCCUGGGAUUCGAGGUCAACAAAACACUAUAGAUGGUGUAUCUUCAAGGUCCAUCAAAAGAGUAAGUGACGGGUACUCCAUCAACAUUAUCCAUUUCUUGGGUUAAAAGCCUUCAUGAAUCUUUGUUGAGAAUCAUUAUGUUUGACCAGACUUUCUACUGGGCCUUGGAGAGAGUAUCCUCCCUGCAGUCACUUAGGAUAUGAAUGUACACUGAGCAUCUCCGGACGUGACAUCCCACCCAAGUUGUCUUGUCACUUGACUGCAUGACUUGGGAAUGCUUAUGUUCCUGAUGGGACUAACCAUUUUGAUGCUCCUUGGAUGCAGCGUGGAUGCAGAAGUCUUCAGUUGAGCACAAGAGGGCACUCUACAGUCUUCUGAAGGAUUUGACCUGUUUCUGACCGUGUAGGCUGGUAAUCUUUCGGUAACUUGGUCUCAGCCCCACAGAGCUGUCUGGCAGAGCUCAUCUGGUCUGCUCUGUAGCGGGAGCAGCCUUGUUCAGGUAAGCGGUGCCAGAGCAGCGGUCAACCCAGUGAUGGCGCAGCUGAUGCCAGCGUAUGGGGUUCAUCACACUGCGAAUCAAGGAGAGAGACCAGUUGUUUGAGCAGUGGGGAAGACUCACUUUUUUUCUAGCCAGCUAAGAUCUCAGGAUUGGUUUUAUAUUAGCCAGUGCUUUGAAAGCCACUCUUUGUGCUCACUAGGAAAAGAUGAGCCAUAUGUCAAAGCUCUUACUAGUAUGAGAGAUCAGGAGCAAGGGGCUCACCAAGAGAGGCUUACAAAAGAGAAGCUGCUUAGACUGCUGUUGAAAGCAGAAGAGGACUUGUCUCGCAUUUUUAAAGAGUUUCUCUCUGAAUAAAGUCCACCCCUUGGAGUAAGGAGCUAUUCUUGAGCCUGUUUAGAAUUCCCAGGUUGAAACCUGCCACCAGGUGAAUCUGAUGUUUGAUUCCAAAUUCCUCUGAUUUGCCUCCUUCCCUAACUUUUUUUAAGAAAAUGUUUUUAGUAAAAUAGUUUUUCUCAGGAAGAUAACAGUGGUUGGAGGCCUGCGUGGAUUGCAGGGAGAUGCCCACCAGCUUUCAUUCCAACCCUGGAUUGUCCCACUUUUGGAGCUGUAUUUUUCUCCAGUAGAGGGUUCAGUUUAUAUCUGUUUGCUUUGCAAAAGGCUACUCUACUAAACUACUGUCCACCACAGAACGUGUCUCAAGGCGUGCUCCCUGUUCUUGGGAGCAGGAUGACUAACUGUGAUUUUCUUAAAUAAUUGUUGUAGAAAUGUUAUCAUUAUUUUUAUUUUAAAACAGUUCUGAUCUGUCAACUCCUGAGCUGUUGCCAGCAUUUCUCACCAGCAGGGGCUUAUUGCAGUAGAUUUCCCUAGAGUUCCAUGUUCUAGUUGUGUUUUUUAAAGAAUGGCCUCCUUCUAUUUAAGGACAUCUUUCAAAAAGCCAGUUUCCAGAACCUGGGAAAGACCUCCCCUUUCUAGAAGAGGUAUAACCUUUUGAUACGUUGAUGAUUAAGAUUAACUGCCCAGGCCUGGAGCAUCAGGGGCAGAAAAGGAUUUGAAUUAAAAAACAAUCUGGUUUCAGCAGAUGAUAAGAGAGAGGAAACAAGUGGUCAGGCCCUGGCUCCCAUUGUCUUUUGCUAGGGCAGAAUGUGGCACAGGGUUAGGAUUUGGCUAAAGUUGAAGUACACUUAGCUGAUGCUGAUUGAGAUCCAUCCCCACCCCCAAGCGUAGGAACCAAGGGACUUGUAUUAUUAGAGAAGUUGGAAGAAUCUCAUGCCUUACCAGUCCUUGCAUUCCCCUAGUAAGUUUAGAUGUUUGAGAAACAAAAAUUUUUGUGACUGUGACUGAUGUCUCCAAUGGAAGAACUUCCCCUCACCCCUGCUCCCCUCCGCCUGGCAGCGGAGAUGACAUCUAUAGAUGCAGGCUCUGCCCCACCAUCUUCCCUCACCCAGUCUCUGAGAUUGUUUUCCCAUUUGAGGGUUUGGAAUUAAACAGACUCAAAAAUAUUUUCUUGUUAUCUGUAUCCUUGUACCUGCUUUGAAAACCAGACAGUGGGAUCUCUAUUCAUGUCCUAUGUUCUAAUGUUUGUGUUUUAUGUUUUAACAUAAAAUAUGAAAAUAAAGCAUUUACCAUAUGUUUCA